AUGAUACGGAAUACCUGCGCAGAUCCGGCUCGGACAUACUUGCCGGCUUUGACGAUUCGCGCUAACGACGGCAGAUUGUCGCCGGCGAAAGGCGCGCCGCCCCAGAACGAGAGACGUCAUCCGGCCGCGCUCUUCCGGCCCCGCCCGCCCGCCCACCCGGCCCGCCCCGCCCCCGCGGCUAGGGGUACAAGAGCGGGGCACGCAGCCCGCGGCGCGCUACUCGCUCGCAUCGUCGCAUCGUCGCAUCGUGUCUCGUCUCGUCGCCUGGGGACGUCCAUCACAAUGAUCUCCCGUUGCGUCACCGCCGCCGCCGCCGCGCUGCUCGUCGGAAUCCUUUGCAUCUGCGAGGCGCACGGGGCUGCGCUGGCUGCUGAGAACGAGAGCCCCUCAUACUCAGAGCAGAUGAACUCUGAUUUAAAAAAUAUAAGAGAUUGCAAUCACACUUUUCCUAUCGGUCUUGCUGCUAUGAACGCGGUGUUAGUGCACCAACGGCUCACAGGAGUGGGAGACGAAAACUUUCAGUGCUUUCUACAUUGCUUGUAUAUUAAAUACGGAUGGAUGGACGAGGAGGGCUCCUUCCUGCUGGGAGUGGUGCGGACCGCGCUCCGGGGCUCCGACCUGCCGCCCUCCGCCGCGCAGUGGCUGCUCUACCGCUGCACCAGCACGCGCGCCAGCGACCCCUGCGAGCGCGCCCUGGAAUUCACCCGGUGCUUCUGGACGGAGGCGCAGGAGGUGAGCAGCACCCGGCCGUCCUCACCUCCGCCCCCGCCCCCGCCCUCACGCGCCACCACUACCCGCCCUCGCCGCGGAGAACGCGCCUCCACCCGCGCACCACAACACGACGACAGUUUUGAUUUCGACCAGGCCUUCAAGCAAAGCUUGUUCGACAGCAAGCCACGCAGCUGAAUGCCAUUCCUUCUAAGCUUGCUGUAGCUCUAGAAUUGACGUCGUUGCAAACCGCCACAACUAAAUUCAAAUCUAUUUUAUACACCUAUUUGUUUACUACAAAAAGUUUUUUACCAAACUUUUUAUAUAACGUUUUAUUAAUACUGUAACAAAUAUGUUUAAAUCUCAUGAAUGAAUAAAAAU